UAUCUUGAAAUCGCUAGAACUCUCUUUCUUAUCUUUUACCUUUUUGAUUAUACCCCAACAAACCAGAACACUCUUCUCAUCACUAUAAAUAGUGUGUGUGUGUGUGUUAAUACUCCACCAAUAUCCAUAGCGAACUUGUUCAGUCAUCUAUUUACGGCCUUUUCUUUCAGCAAGAUCAUACAUUUUAAGUUUAAUUCUCUCAAACAAUGUCUCUCAUUCCCAGCUUUUUUGGGAGCCGAAGAAGCAAUGUGUUUGAUCCACUCUCUCUAGACAUAUGGGAUCCCUUCGAUGACAUCUUCAGCACUGCACGGGCUGUGGUGCCUUCUUCUGCAAGAGAAACAUUGGCAUUUGCCAACACAAGAAUUGACUGGAAGGAGACCCCGGAAGCUCAUGUUUUCCAAGCUGACCUCCCUGGCCUCAAGAAAGAAGAAGUGAAAGUUGAGGUGGAGGAAGGUAGAAUCCUCCAGAUAAGUGGGGAGAGGAGCAAAGAGCAAGAGGAGAAGAAUGACAAGUGGCACCGCAUUGAGCGCAGCAGCGGAAAGUUCCACCGCCGAUUCAGGCUGCCAGAGAACGCCAAGAUGGAUCAGGUGAAAGCUAACCUGGAGAAUGGUGUGCUUACUGUUACUAUUCCUAAGGAGGAGGAGAAGAAGCCUGAGGUCAAGCCUAUUGAGAUCACUGGCUAGAGAUGAUCAUUUGGCUCACUAAGAUGUUUCCUCACACUGGUUUAUGUUUUGUGUCAAUUUAAAUAAUGUCCCAGUGCUUGUGUUCGUGUGUGUAACAGUUAUUUUGUGUUAGUCUGAUGGGUAAUCAAAAGUGUGUGCAA